GACUGACUGAUCUACAAAUAAUAAUUAGUCGUUAUUUAUGGUGAUUUGUAAAUCAGUCGAUGCAAGGUGAUUUGUAAAUCAGUCAGUAGCAGUCACUUUGAUUCUCUGGAACACGGCCAGUGCCUGUAUGACAGCUAGCAGAAGAGCAAUACCAUCUACGUCAGAGACGAACACACGGACUCUCCGCCUUGCCUUACCUUACCUUCUUCCUCUCACAUAGAGAGAGCGAGAGAGAGAGAGAGAGAGAGAGAGAGAAUGAAAGAGCAGCCCUCAUCAGUACCACUGCGAUGACACUUCUGUAGCCUGUGAUCACGGCUACAGACCAACUUCUGUCAACUCGAAUUUUCAUAAUUAACGGUUUUUGGACCGUUGCUCGACUGUGAGGACAACCAACACUUACUCUUAACAACUAACUAACCAGCUACAGUCCUGUGAACAUUUCGUGGGUGCGUUUGUUUCCCUUAUGUCCCGAAAAUCGAGCGACAAUGACUAUAGUCUUCGUAGUAUGAGCAACCUGAUGGGUGAGAGGAGGAAGAAAGUGAACGAUGACGGAGAGCGGAGCCUCAUCAAAGCUCCGUCCAACGCGAGCAUCAACAGCCAGGCUGUCGCUGUCCCUGCCAAUGAAGCUGCCUCCACCGGGGACCUGGAGAGAGAGGCGCGUAAACAGUUCCAGCAAGAUGUCACACCUGCGUUUGUUUAUGUUCUGGCUGCGUUCUCCGCGCUGGGUGGCUUUCUGUUCGGCUAUGACACCGGGGUGAUCUCGGGAGCGAUGCUCCUGCUCAAGAGGGAGAUGAAUCUCAGCGCCCUAUGGCAGGAGGUUCUGAUCUCUAGUACAGUGGCUGCCGCCGCGCUGUCCGCGUUGGCCGGCGGGUUUUUGAAUGGAGUUUUCGGGCGCAGGGUCUGCAUCCUCCUGGCUAGUUUUAUCUUCACAGCUGGGGGAAUAGUGCUUAGCGCAGCUCCCAAUAAGGAGGUUCUCCUGGUCGGACGUCUCAUUGUCGGGCUUGGACUUGGUAUUGCGUCCAUGACGGUGCCAGUGUACAUAGCUGAGGCGUCUCCCCCCCACCUGAGAGGCCAGCUGGUGACAGUAAACACACUGUUCAUCACGGGAGGUCAGUUCACUGCCAGCAUCAUAGACGGGGCCUUCAGCUACCUACGCCACGAUGGAUGGAGGUAUAUGUUGGGUCUGUCGGUGGUCCCUGCGGUGCUCCAGUUCGUAGGGUUUCUGUUCUUGCCAGAGAGCCCCCGCUGGCUUAUCCAGAAAGGCCUUACCCAGAAGGCCCGGCGCGUGCUCAGCCAGAUUAGAGGCAAUCAGAACAUUGACGAGGAGUACGACAGCAUCAAGAACAGCAUCGAGGAGGAGGAGAAAGACUGCGGAGGAGCUGGCCCUGUGAUCUGGAGGAUGCUGACCUACCCCCCCACGCGGAGAGCGCUCCUGGUGGGAUGUGGACUUCAGAUGUUCCAACAGCUCUCUGGGAUCAACACCGUCAUGUACUACGGCGCCACCAUCCUGCAGAUGUCGGGAGUGCGGGAUGUCAAGCUGGCCAUCUGGUUGGCAGGGGUCACAGCCUUCACCAACUUUCUGUUCACCCUCCUGGGGGUGUGGCUAGUGGAGAGGGUUGGCCGCAGGAAACUCACCCUGGGGAGCAUCAUCGGUACAUGUCUGAGUCUGUCUCUGCUGGCCAUUGGGUUUCUACUGUCUGCACAACACACCCCUCCUGUCACCCUCCACCCCACUGACCCCUCCAUGGUCAACGCCACCUGCAACAGACACCUGCUGUGUGAGCCGUGUAUGCUGGACCCGGGGUGUGGCUUCUGUUACCGUGAGAACAGCACGGCUCUGUUCGCCUCCUCCUGUGUACCUGUCAAUACAGCCUCCACUGAGAAGGCCGCCUGGGGCAGGUGUUCCAACUCGACCCAGCUGAGAGUCCAUACGUACUGGGCCUAUAACUACUGUCCCACCUCCUACUCCUGGGUGGUCCUACUGGGUCUUGUUCUCUAUCUGGCCUUCUUUGCCCCAGGUAUGGGUCCGAUGCCAUGGACAAUCAACUCUGAGAUUUACCCCCUGUGGGCCCGGAGCACAGGGAACGCCUGUUCAGCUGGAGUCAACUGGACCUUUAACUUCCUGGUCUCCCUCACCUUCCUCCACGUGGCCCAGUACCUCACCUACUACGGAGCGUUUUUCCUCUACUCCAUCCUGGCUCUGCUGGGGUUCUUCUUCAUCUAUGGCUGUCUGCCUGAGACUAAGGGCCGGAGGCUGGAGGAGAUUGAGUCCCUGUUCGACAACCAGCUGUGCUCAUGCGGGGCCACAGACUCCGACGAGGACCGGCAGGUGGAGUACAUCAGGGUGAAGGGGAGCAACUACCACCUCUCUGAUAACGAUGCCUCCGACGUGGAGUAGCCCGAGCCUCGGUGCCAGCCUGUUUGUGCUUUCAUACCAACUCACUGUCACUUAAUGUCAUGCCAAUUAAUGAUGAUGACAGCCAUGGAGUUGACAAGAGCACAAACAGACCUGGGACCAGGCUAAAGUAGCCAAGUCUAGUUUGUAACUUUGGCCUUGGAUAUUGUUCCUGUUUUCUCAUCUCAGAUAGUAUGUAUUAAGUGACUCAGAGUAGGAGUGCUGAUUUAGGAUCAGUUUAGCCUUUUAGAUCAUAAUAAGAUUACAUGGACAGGAAGCUUGAUACAUACAGCCCCUGAUCUACAACCUCCCAGAGUCCUGUUCUCUCGUUUGCCUCACAGUCACGUAGGUUACAUGGCUCCAUCUAUAUCACAGACAGGGUAGCUAUUUAUAACAUGUGAGUUACCUACAUCUAUAGUUUGAAGAUAAUCUUCUUUUUUGAUUUAUAAACCAUAAUGUAAAUAGUAUUAAGCAUACAUUGAAUUCAUUCUUAUCCUCAGCAUUUUACUGUUCAUAUGUUGUCUUUUCCCUCACAUAAAACCCUAUGAUUAGAGAAUCAACCUCCUCACAACAAAACCUUGUUAUAAUAAUAAUAAUAAUAAUAAUAAUAUGCCAUUUAGCAGACGCUUUUAUCCAAAGCGACUUACAGUCAUG